UAAACCAAUAUGAUACAAUGAAUAUUCAAAAGCGAGCUUCCUCCACUAUGAAUUAACAAUUGUCUACGUCAGUAAUAAGACACGUCUCCAUCACAAAAUGAGAUGUGUCCAUCCAUAAAUCCAUCAUAAACAUAUGUCAACGCACUUCACCUUCCACCUAAGCAGUAUUCACACUAGCAUCACGUGACACACACGGCACAACAUUUUAUACAAAUCAAAGUGUAGCCGAAUAGUAGCAAUUCUGAAAACGUAAGGACAAAAAAUGGAAGAGACUUACGUUGAUGCGGUUGGUGUGGACACGACAACGACGGAGACGACGGCGAGCUCGAAGAACAAAAAGAAGUUGAAGGUAAUGGUUGCGAUAGAUGAAAGCAAGAAUAGCUUCUAUGCGUUGGAAUGGGCAGUGGAACAUCUCAAAGAUGUUAUGAGUGCCGAACCGGAAACCGAUCAAGAAGGCGGUUUGCUUACGUUGGUUCAUGUUAAUCCUUCUGCUUCGGCGACAGAUUCAGUUCCUGAAUUAAUGAAGAAAGCAGGAGUGCAGAGCACCAACUUGUUCACACCGGCGUUGGAGUUGUGUCGUGCCAAAAUGGUCGGUGAUCUCAGAACAUGUGUGAAGACUGAAACGAUGAUACUGGAAGGAGAUCCAAAGGAGAUGAUCUGCCAAGCGGUCGAGCAAAAUCACGUGGAUCUUCUUGUUGUUGGUAGCCGUGGACUCGGCAUGAUCAAAAGGGCCUUUCUAGGGAGUGUGAGUGAUUACUGUGUUCAACAUGCGCAAUGCCCUGUUCUCAUUGUGAGACCACCUAAAGAAACCUCGACUAGUAAGUAGUAGUACAAUACCAAUGAACGUACGAGCAAGUGAGGAAACCACCAUAUCUGUGACUAGUUACUUUUUUUUCUUUUGUGGGAAUGUGACGACUAUUUUCUAUUUUAUCCAGUUUGUAUGAACAAAAAUAAAAAAGCGUCAGGUACACAUUCCUUUUCA